AUGGAUAAUCUGUACUUAGAUGAAGGAACAAGUCCUCCAGUGAGUCCAAUCUCUCAGAGCUUAAACAGUUCAAUCUUAUCGUUAUACAUUUUUGCUGUUUUUGAACUAGAGACACCCAUUACCGAGUUUGAAGUUCAAGAAAUAUGUCAUAAGCAUAUAUUACCACUAAAUAUUCGUUUUUCUUCAAUCAUGGAGAGAAACAAGAAAGGUGUUUUAAGAUGGAAAAAAGUUGUUACACGAGUCGAAGAUCAUUUGAUCGUCCCGGCUUUUCCUAAAGGUUUAGCGAGAGAAAGCUACGAUGAGUACCUGAGAGAAUAUUUAUCAAAAAUAGGUUGUGAGAAGUUUUCAGAAGAUAAACCAUUAUGGGAAAUUCAUUUGGUCAAGUACCCUAGUUUGAAGGGCGCGUGCACUAUGAUUUUUAAGGCUAGUCAUGCAAUUGGUGAUGGUUAUUCACUUGUAAGAUUGUUUUUUAAGAGUUGCCAAAGAGCUGAUCAUCCUUCACUUCCUCUUACUUUUCCGAAAUUGUCAUUGAAGAAACAAGAUAAUAGUAAGCGCAGUGUAAUAGGAAUGGGGAAGAUAAUGUUGGGGUUUAUGGGUAAGUGUGUGAACACAACUUACGAUGUCGUGGAGAGCACACUGAGGGUAACGUGUUUAGAAGACCGGCCAUCUGCAAUACGUUCGGAGUCAUCGAAUUUGGAGAUUGAGUUAUUCAAACCUUUUAACAUCUAUUCGGUGACAUUAUCACUUGAAAGAGUCAAGCAAGUCAAAACCAAGCUUGGAGCGACCGUAAAUGAUGUAAUCACUGGACUGCUAUCGUACAUUAUUCACUUGUACGCAUUGAGGAAGACGGGGAUGGAUCAGUAUAGUAAAGAUGGCUCGACGACGGACACUAAUUCUGGUGGCGCAAAUACUAACAUGACCUUAGCAGUCAUGCUCAACAUGAGAGUAUUUGAAGGUUUCACAAAUAUUGAAGAUAUGAUAAGGGCUGAAAGAUGGGGCAACCGUUCGAGAUUCAUUUUCGUAAAUUUGCCGUCAUUUACAAAUCAUGAGAAAGUUAGCCCCCUUGAUUUUAUUAUCAAAGCAAAAGAAACAAUGGACAAAAAGAAGAAUUCUAUGAUGUUUUACUUUAUUGAUAAACUUCUAAAUACUGCACUAUGGAUUUGGGGGCAAAAGGGGAUGGAGGAAUUGAUCUAUUCAAGUUUCAAGAAUGCUAGCACAAUGAUAUCGGGUGUGAUAGGUCCGAAAGAUAAAAUGACUUUGUAUAAUCAUCCUAUUAACAGUUUUUACUUCUUCACGUCCGGUAUUCCUCAAAGUGUAGCAUUUUUCUCGGUGAGCUACAUGGAACAAUUAAAGCUUGUGGUAACAAUGGAAAAAGGGUUUAUAGAUUCAAAACUUUUCAGUUCUUGUGUGGAUGAAGCCUUUGAUGAUAUUUUUCAAGCAGGUAUUGAAAUAUAG